GACAAUUUUAUUUUCUAUUUUAAGGUAAAAGUGCCAAUGCCUGAACACGUACCUAACUCUGGAUAUUCUUGUCAUUUUAGUCAUCAAAUGCAAAUAUUGAACAUGUCCAGACAUUAAUAUAACUGGAGAAUGGAAUCGUCCAAUUUCUAUUAAUGAUUUUUAAGAAAAAACUAUCAAUUCGGUAUAUUUAAGACAAUACAAGGACUAUUUUCCUUUUAAGAAAAUACCUAAAUGAGAAUUUAAUAGAAAAAUAAUGAAUCUUUUACAACCCAAUACCGCCGAAACUAAAACGAAAAUUCGAAUUAAUCAGACAACUAUCGAUCUCAAGUCGCGCUAACUUCGGGUUGAACGUUCAACCCGAAGUUAGUGAGACUUGAAAUCGAUAGAUCUUCGACCAGUUUGAAUUCCAAAGACGGAGACGCGCGCGAAUGAUCUCUGUGUCUGCCUCCGCAAUGAUGAGAACGCGAUGACGAGUAUCUGCGACAGCACAGGCUUCUAAAAGACUCUCUAUUUCCUCCUAGAAAAUCUUGUAGAAGCUUGAGCUGUCGGAAGUGUUCCCUCGAGGAAAACUUUCCCGCGGCGAAAACUCGAACUCGCCGAAUUCUCGCGCGACUCCACCGAGUCCUUCGGAGGGCUGGAAUACGUCACGUGCGUGCGCGCUGCACAGCGACAGGUGGAACCACUCGUGCUCGGGAAGCGUCAUCAUCCCAGAGCGCGUCCCCGGUGCGAAAGUGGCGUGUCGCAUCGGUUUUAUCGAUUUUUCGCGCGUAUCUGCGCGCGAGAAGAUAAGGGAAAAUGUGUCAUCGCCGUCGCCGGUAUUAUCGUAGAUCGUGGAACGCGUCCGAGCCGCGAUAGCUUCGGCGCAACCGACAGGUGCAGGUGUGCGUGCGCGCAGUAAGUCGUGAGAGUGAAGUGCGCGUCCGCCCUGCCCGCGCGGAGCUCAGCUACGAGAGAUUGGCCGUGCGAGCCGUAUCCCGACGAGUCACGCCUUUUCCUCGCGCGCUUCGCUCAGAACACGCGGUCCGUCUCGCGGCGGCUGGACCUUCUCAUAGGCAACUCCUCGGGUGCGGCGCGCUACACACGUCAACGCCGGUACAAGCCGGAAAGUAUUCCUCUACUCCGACAGUCGGUCAAUGUUUCAGGUUCAGGCACAGCUGUGUCGCUUCCCCUCUUCCACACACCCCUUGUUCAAAUCUCUUUAAGAUUGUAAGUAAUUGUCUGAUAGAGCGGGAAGCGCAUAAUUUCGCGCGGCCACUUGAAAGACUUGAGAGAGCUAUGAUAUAACGCGAUGUGUCGAUUGCUCGUCUACCUUCGCAAGGCAUACACGUGACACACACAAGAGUGCUUGGUCACUACACGACGUUGUGACUAAUGUGAUAUUUAUUUUUGCAGGAGCUUCAAGUUGAUAAGAAUGACGACUAAUCGAGAGGGUGAGACUGCAGUAACUAUCCCGCUGCAGUACAAUGAAGCUCAUUGGAAAGCUAUUUUUGAGAGAUAUGAUCUCGAUGGAGAUGGAAAGAUCUCCCUUCAAGAGUUGAGAGAGAUGAUACGCGGGCCAGACUUUUCCAAUGAUAUUCCCGCUGGAGUAGUGCGCACUAUAAUGCGUAAGGCAGAUUUGGAUGAUUCCGGUUACCUGGAGUAUCCGGAAUUUAUAGCGAUGAUCCACAGGAAGGAUAUGCAAGGUAUAUUCGGACAUUUCAUGCAGCGAUAUGUUCAAUCUGUGAUACCCCAACGACCAAGCCGCGCGAUGAGACAGACCUCCGUGGGCUCUAGGUAUUACCCUCAGCGACAAUACAGUACUGUAAUGCAUGUCCCCUCAAGCUUUGGCGAUUCCCGGCCAUUUCAGCAGCAAACAAGCACAAUAACGGAAUCUUCUCUGCGAUCUAGCGACUAUCCGGAUGGGCUGUACGAAGAUGAGUACAGCUGUCGACCGCCAGCCGUAGCGAUGAUAAUCAUAUCGAUAGUAGAAAUUAUUUUGUUCAUGUAUGAUGUGAUUAAGCACAAAUCUCUUUCUGUAGAAGGACCAGCGGCUAUAUUAUUUAUUUAUAAUCCGCACAAGAGGUACCAAGCAUGGCGGUAUCUAACGUAUAUGUUCGUACAUGUCGGAGUCUUCCAUUUGGUUGUUAAUUUACUGGUACAAAUUAUGUUGGGCAUUCCUCUGGAGAUGGUACACAAAUGGUGGAGAGUAUUGAUCAUAUACAUAGCCGGAGUGGUGGCCGGCUCGCUCGGCACAUCCGUCUCCGAUCCGACGGUUUAUCUAGCCGGUGCGUCAGGCGGAGUAUAUGCGUUAAUCACCGCUCACGUGGCGACGAUUAUAAUGAAUUGGUCGCAAAUGGAAUUUGCCGUCCUGCAAUUGUUAGUGUUCCUCGUCGUCACCAGCGUCGAUGUCGGUCAAGCCGUGUGGAAUCGUUAUGUUCUAGACACCAACGACCAAGUCGGUUACGUAGCCCACUUGGCCGGUGCCAUAGCGGGACUUCUAGUAGGUAUAAACGUGCUCCGAAAUCUCGAGGUGAAGACUUGGGAGAAAGUCGUCUGGUGGGCUAGCAUGUUUACUUACACGGGUCUCAUGACCGCGGCUAUCUUGUGGAACAUAUUGUAUACGUCGUAUUACGAGCCAUGAUCAAGAUUUGUUGACAUUUGCCGUUCUAGACUCACUCGCCAUCGAUAUGGUAGAAUCAGAUGCAUCGUCGCUGUUUCAGCGAGAGACAAAGAAUCAGUAUCGAGAUUUUACUUACAUAUGCACAAAUUCGCUAUAUAUUUCCGCGUUUGAUAUGGCAUAAAUUAACAUUAAAAUACUUAAGGAAAUCGUAUAUUUUCGUACGGAUAUUAUCGCGAAGAGAUGAGACUCGCAAACCUGCAUCGAUAUCGCUAUAUCUGUAUGUGUGCAAGUAGUAUUAAACAAUGCAGUAUUUUUAAGUGCCGUUAUCAAGAGCAAACAGUAGAACAUCGUAUUCUGUGAUACUUUUGCUACAUGUGGUUGCGAGUUUGACGAAUUGCGAGUGACAAAACUAAGCUAUAGACGCGAAAUAUUAAUUUUUCUAUUUUAAGACUAUUGUCUCUCAUUGUUCGAAAAUACUACCUCCGCUAAUGCGCGUACUAUGAUAAUCAUCUUGCAUAUAAAACAUAUAUUAAUCCUUUAGUAAUACUUCAUUCAUCAUAAAAGUAUCAAAUUACAUCUAAUAUUCCAGCAAUGUGCAUAAAAUUUAAGAAAAGAAUUACAGCAUACUAAAUUAUAUAAAGUAUUAUUAGUGCAGUUACAUAGACAUUUGAAGGCAUACUAUUAUUGAUACUUUCUUCAUCGUAUUUGACCAUACUUCAUGAUUGAAAUUCCUAUUUCUUUGUAGUAGCUGUUUUGAUUAAUGGUAUUAUGGUAUUAGAAACGAGAAAAUAUUCUUUAAAAAUUUUUAUGAAAUAUAUUGAAAUAAAAAGAUAGUCCACAUAAAAUGGCACUUGCAUUGAUACAAGAAGUAAAAUUGCUGUAAAAUUAACGUGAUAUGUGAUUUAUUUUUUAAUUAUGUAAUUGGUCACGUCAAUUUCACUAUUGAUUACUAAUUACCCUUAUUAUAUAAUUAUUAUCUCUGAAUAUAAUUAUUAUUAUUGUAUAUUAUUUAUAUUGAUGGUUAAUCAAUUAAGAACAAAAGGGAAGUUUUCUAAAUAUUUUCUUAAUCGCGAUCGCAAGUGUCAUUUUAUGGAUAUACCUUGUUAUUUUUAUUUAUCUUGCACAAAAAUUUUGAGCAUAUAUUUUUUCGCUUCUAUCAUCAUCAAUCAAGAUAAUCACGACGAGAAACUAGGAGUUUUAAUAAGUUACAAGUUACUGAAAGGUAUUGCCAUUACAAGAGCUUAUGACAAAAAAUAUAAUUUAUGUAUUUCAUAGACUUAUACAUGUAGAUUGACCAGAAGUCAAGUUUAAUAAAGAUAUAUUGUCUGUAGCACUUUCUAGAAACAAGUCUUUAGUCUCUAUCUUUUUGUAUAAGUCCAUGAUGUCAUUCAUACUCUGCAUUUGACAUUUAAUUGAUAUUCUAAUUUGUAACAUGUAAUUAUUUCGCUAUAAGAUGUACACAUUUUGUACAAUUUGUGCAGUAUUCUGUGGUUCAUUUGUUACAGUUUCUAGGUAUACUGUUGUAAUAUUGAUGAUCAUUUAUGGUCAUGUUAUAUGCGUGUUCUGGUGAUAAAGCCUGCGAAUUCUUUCUUUGCGAAGACAGCAAUAAUUAUAUUGAGACAUACAUAUUUGCUCUAUAUUAAUGUAGAUGCGAACAUGGUGCUACAUAAACUCACACAUGAAAUAGUUUGGUUACAUCGUCAAAAGUUCGCUUCUAAAUAUUUCUUUCGUUUGUAGAAAUAUUUAUGCAAGGUACCUGAUUCGCAAAGCAAGAGUAUAAUAAUAUGUUGAAUGAUUCUACAUUUGUUUGAAUAUGUAAUAUGAGAAAAACAAUCUGAAACGUGGAAACAUCACAACUGUAACUUGUGUUCACAAUACGAGUGUGCAUUAUAUCAGACACAGCCAAGAUAAAAACGUACUUUUUAUUAGACUGAUAAGAAGUAAGAUUGUUCUUAUGCGAACAAAGGAUAUAUGUAUAUCUCGUUCUGAAAAGUCCUAACUAUAGAAUUUUACUUUUGCAGAAGAACACCCGCGUAACACGUUACGUUAAUUUAAAGAUAAACUUAUGUAACGCACAAAGAAAUCCGUAACGUAAGAAAGGAUUUUCAUAACGGAUUUUUUUGUGCGUUCACGUAAGUUUAUUCUUAAAUUAACGCAACGUGUUGCGGAUGUUCUUGUGCGAAGGUCCUGAUGCAGGAAACACCGUAGAUGUGGUUGUUGAGUAAAGCAGCGCCAUUAAUAGAUUAUAUUAUGUAUACACACAGAUAUAUAAAUUAUAAUAUAUAUAGCGUAAUAAUUAUAAAAAUUAUAUUCAUAGAAAUAACUAUGAGUAUAAUUCGAUUCUAAUAUAUUACAAUUUUCUUAUUUUACAUGGUUGAAACAAUGCAACCUUCUUUUUUUUGUUGAGCAAAAUAUGCUGUUAUAUUUAUUAAUCCGAAAAGUGGUAAGUACGACGGCAGCUACAUUAUUUCAGGAUGCUUUGCAAAACAUCUGGAUUGUAGUGAGAGAAUGAUAACAUUAAUUAUGAAUGUAAUAUUACAAGGUAAAAGUACUUUGAAGCAUCCUGAAUUACAUUUACGACUACUUCGAUUACAAUAUUGUUGACAGGAUUUUAACGAAAAGCGGUUUUUAUAAAAUAGAUGUAGAUUUAAAUAUGUAUAUAUAUAUAUAUAUAUAUAUAUAUAUAUAAAAUAUAUAUAUAUAUAUAUAAAAUAAAAAGAGAACGUAAUGUAAACCUGUAUAUCAAUUUAUUUCUCAUGUAUGAAUGCGAUGCAUUUAUAUCUUACAUGUAAGUGCCUCGAAUGUUCUCCUUAUACAAGAUAUGAAUAAACUUUUUGACCGAGCAUAGUGCCCCAUUUUUGUCGAAGAUCGAUAUAGAUUUAUACGAAUUUAUAUAACAUUUUGUAAUGGGAUUUUUUUCAGUGAAAAUGCCCAACGAAGUAAUGAUAACAUAUGUGUAUAUAUUUUGUAUGCGCUUUAUAUGCAAUGAAAUAAAGUGACUGUUAAACGUACAA